GCUCGUUCUAUUUCUAUGAGAUCCGUGCACGCGCCUUCAUCAGCAUCAGCAUCAUCAGAAGCGCGCAGAUCACGCCAAACAGCGCACUGGUUCAUCAGCAGGCGUGUGACUGAAACACAAGAUAAUCGAUAUCAAUACAUCGCCACCUAUGUGCGUUCUGCAUAUCUGACUCUCGUUUCUUUGGAUCAGCGUUGGACCGUUUUGAGGGUUUCCCAGCGGGCGUCAGCAGUCAGUGUGGCAGAAAACGAGAGAGAAAUUAGCGAGAUCAUAUUUAAUAUCCACUUCUCCAGCGUCUGUGGAUGGGCUGCGGACAUCUGCAUCUGCAGUCUCUGUUUUUGAGUCACUGAGAAGAUGGCGGACAGGGCAGAGAUGUUUUCUCUCUCCACCUUCCACUCCCUUUCUCCUCCGGGAUUCAGGCCGGCUCAUGACAUCAGUCUGGAGGAGUUUGAUGAUGAAGAUUUGUCUGAAAUCACAGAUGAUUGUGGCAUAGGCCUCAACUACGACUCUGACCCUUAUGAAAAGGACUGCUUGAUUCUAGAAAAGAAUGAGUUCCACCACCCAGUGUGCUCAUUCCAAGAUGACUUCCAAGAGUUUGAGAUGAUCGAUGAUGAGGAAGAAGAAGAGGAUGCAGAUCCUGAUGCCCCUCCCUCACCAUCAGAAUCCCCUCCCCCCUCUCCUACUCUGGGCACACUGAAGAGCCGCCCAACCACUCUAAACCUGACUGCGGCAGUUUCACAGGACUCCCUGAACAACAACAGCAACGUGUCACCACAGAAGUCAAGCUGGCAGGAUUCUCUUCGAAACCCGACUUCACAGGGUUGUUUGUCUCCAAACCACUCUUGCCUUGAGGAUGGUUCCCAUGUAACUACUACAUGCCUGGGGGCUCCAGAUACCACUGUCUCUACCAAUGGUACACCCUCAAAGCCACCAGGACGUUGUGGUCUUCAUCAGUCACCUGGCAGGCCGCUGCUGUACGACUUUGAAGGCAACAGACGAGAGCAACCAGAAUACGGCUCAUUUGGUCAACAUAACUCAUCGAGUGGGUCUGAGGCGAAUGAGGUGAAGCCUGAUGUUGAGGAAUCCACUCUAAGUGAGCUUGUUCCCUCAGUGGAUGACUGCACUUCCCAGUGCUCCGACACUGAGGUUGACCAUGACCUGAAUGGUCAUGCCAAACGUCGACCUUGCCGCUCUCGACCCAAUGACACGUAUACUGUGACCACAGAGACUGCUGACGACCCAGAGCUGGAAUAUGAUGGCACCAGUAGGUGUCUGUCCUCAACUGCACCUCUUGGUAAUGAUGCUGAGACUCCGCUAUCGGAUGAGGAGCUGGACAAAGAGUUUGACAUUGACUUCAUGAGUAAGGAUACCUAUGAUCAAACCUGCAAGGAAGCUGAGGCCUCUUCUUACGUUGAGUUCCCCUGCAUUGAACAAGCGGAGUCCAUUUCUGUCUCUAGCUAUGUGUCGUCGAGUCGAUCAGAUGUGCUUGAUGCUAUGGAUGAACCUCGAAAUAUGCAUCUGGGUCAACCUGCUGCUGCAAAUGACACAACUUCUCCUUCUUCUGAUCCAGGCAUUGCUGAUAUGAAUGCAAAACGCUAUGCAGAGUCAGACCGCCACAGUGAUGACCUCAGCUCUCCUGGAUCAGACUCAGAUAUUGAAGGGGAACUUGAGGCUGCAUUUGCAUGUGAUCCACUUGCUAGUAACAUGAUUUCCUCCAUCUCGGAGACAGAGCUGGACCUGACCAGUGAAUCUAGCAGUGGGCGUUCCUCGCACCUCACCAAUUCCAUUGAAGAAGCCAGCUCCCCAACCUCAGACCAAGAACUGGACCAGGAGCUGGACCCUGAGCCGGACAGUGGUAUUGUAGGUCUAAAAGCUUCUCUUCUUCUAGGCCAACCUGACCCAAUUAAACAAGAACCUUCACCAGGUCUAGAUCCCAGCACAGACAUGUUACAACUAGAUGAUGGCCAAGCUCUGAUGGGCCUGCAGAAUGUAGACGAUGAACAGGUUUAUGAGCACCAGGCUGAUCCAGAUGAGACUCUUCCUCCUGCCGUUCCCUGUGAGGAUAGUGGCUCUCAGCAGCUGUUGUUGAAGAUUGAGCCUGACCACAGUCUUGAGAGCUUCAAACGCUCCUUCUAUUUGCCCGUUGGCUCCAAACUCAUGCCCUCUGUGGACGAGUAUGAUGGUAACAGCGAGGGAGAAUCAGAGUCAGAGUCAGAGGACGAACUCAGUGAAAACUCUGAUUCUCCUUGGCUUCUCAGCAACCUGGUCAACAGGAUGAUUUCAGAAGGCUCCUACCCAAUCAGUUGCCCAGAAGAGUGCCUCAAACACUCAGCCUCCAUCUCUGACACCAUCUCACCCUCAUCGGACCUGGAAACAGAUACUUUCAAUGAGACGGAUUGCUGCAAUUCACAAAAGCAGAAAUCUGAAGAAAAGUCACAAGGGGUUCCCUCUGAAAAAUCCGAGAUGAGGCUGAAUGAAGAGAAAGAGAGUGAAGCCAGCUAUGUAUCUGAAGAGGGACCGAAGGAAAGCAAGAGAACAGACUCUUGUCUGUACAUGAGCAACCCCAUAUAUGGCAAAUCUACACCUGUCUUUACAGAGGGUUUCGAAACGAGGGCAAAGAAUUAUGAAUCAGAGGACUUCCCAUCCCAAAACUCAUUAAAAAACAAGCAGAAAGAAGAAGAGGAGGAGCCAAAUAAUGACUUGAUGAUGGAGAGAAUGAAGGAGCUGGAAUCUCCCAGCUUGAGCGAGAGCAUAAUCAGCGACAAGGAUGAGGGACGGGAGACACGGGUCAAUCAGCUCACUUUGCAGCGAAUCACAGAAGUCAAAAACAGCCUUACACUGGACAUCCCAACAUCACAGACCAAUCACUGUUUCAGUCUUACAUACUCGACAGAUAAUGAUGAAGAUGAGCAAGAUACCUCCCCUUUUCUGGAGGAUCUUCACACGGUACCGUCACCCUUUGGAAAUGAGGCUUACUUGGACAGCUCCCCACCUAUUGACGAGAGCGUGCGAGAGUUGAGGAACACAACUUCCGACCGGCCCAUUGAUGACUCCUUGGCAUAUGAUUCAAUGAAGUACACCCUAGUGGUGGAUGAAAACACAACCCUUGAGCUGGUGAGCCUAAAGCGCUGUACCUCUGUUCUCAGUGAGGACAGUGAUGGACUCUCUACUAUCUGUGAUGAAGAAGUUGUUGAUGAAGAUGAAGACAUUUAUGGACAGGGUCAGAUGGUAGGAGGCAUGAGACCAGAUUUGCUGUUAAGCUCCUCUGAAGAAGACUCCUCCCCCGAGGCAGAUUUACCUUUCUCAAAGAAGUUCCUCAAUGUGUUUGUCAACAACACAUCACGGUCCUCCAGCACAGAGUCCUUUGGGCUUUUCUCGUGCACUAUAAAUGGAGAAGAAAGAGAUCAGACUCACAGAGCAGUCUUCAGGUUCAUCCCACGACAUGCAGAUGAGCUGGAGUUAGACGUUGAUGAUCCAUUAUUCGUUGAGGAAGAGGAGGAUGAUUACUGGUACCGUGGGUACAACAUGCGCACAGGGGCCAGAGGAAUUUUCCCAGCGUACUAUGCCCACGAGGUUGUUGGCCAAACAAAAGACCUGUGUGUUUCCAUAGCAAUGAAGAGGAACCCUGCUUGGAUGGAAAGCUUCCGAGUGCAGUUCCUGGGUUCAGUGGAAGUUCCUUAUCACCAAGGCAACGGCAUCCUGUGUGCUGCCAUGCAGAAGAUCGCUAUGGCAAGGAAGAGGACGGUGCAUCUUCAUCCCCCAUCUAUUUGUGAGCUGGAAAUAAGCCUGCAGGGUGUGAAACUAGUCAUGAGUUUGGAUGACGAGUACGACCUUUCAGGGGAGUUUGACAGAUGUAGUCACUUCUUCCAAAUGAAAAACAUCUCCUUCUGUGGAUGUCAUCCUAAAAACAACUGUUAUUUUGGUUUCAUUACCAAGCACCCGAUGCUGAACAGGUUUGCAUGUCACGUCUUUGUCUCUCAGGACGCCAUGAGACAUGUAGCUGAGUGUGUGGGACGGGCAUUCCAGGAGUACUACCAGGAGCACUUAGAAUACGCCUGUCCUACCGAAGAUAUCUACCUUGAGUAAAGGAGAAAAGGGUAACCAUAGCACCUGCUGUCCCUCACGACAGAUGUCUGUUCCUGGGCUUGGCCACUACGAGGCGUCUGGCAGCCUCCUCAAAUGUAACAUAGGCCUCAUCUCUUUCUUCUCUUCCUCAGUUUCUCUUGUUCUCUCCACAUGAACUGAGCUGAAUACUUUACAUAUAGGCUCUUAGUGGUCUGUCUAUUUAUUUAAAUGUUUAUCAGUUAAUUUAAUCUCAUCAAUGAGAUGGAUUGCUUGUUUAUUUAACUUUUCUACUAUAUAAUUAGGGAUAUGGUUUUGGGGUGGAUACAUCGGUUUAAUAUAUAUAUAUAUAUAUAUAUAUAUAGUACUGAUGUAGAAAAGGCAAAAUAUGACUUCACAUGUUUGAUUGCAUGGCUUUGAGGGUUAUGCUCACAAACACACAUGGGAGAUCUAACAAUGUUUAAAAGCAAAAGGCGAUCAGAGGUUUGAAUCUGAAGACCAGGAUUUUUUGUAAAUAUGUAUUUGUCCGAUUCUGAUACAUUGCUGUACUGGGUUUGUACUAAAGAGGACAGGGCAGUAGGACGUGACCUGGAAUCAUCGAUGGGUCUACAGAUUGUCUGUUCCCAUGUAGUAGAAGGCUUACUGUACGUUUCUGAUUCUACCGCAAUGUAAAUACUGUACAAAUAGAGAUGACUGUAGGUGAAUACAGAUGCUACAAUACAUCACAGUAUGCAAAUAUCCUGCGCCAUCUGUCUGCGAAUGAAAAAGUGGGACGGAUUGCAGGUCGGCAGGCUGGGUGUAGAUGGAUCUAGAGAUGUUCGGUGAGUCUCAUCAAGUCACAUCUGGAGCAUAUUUGACCCCAAAAUCACAAUAAAGUUUUAAGAAAUGGUAUUUUGUGGAAAGAUGAUUCUUGACAUUACUUUCAUAUCAAUGUUUAACACCCACAAUUACUGUAAUUCAUCCAGAUGUUUCAGUUUUGAGUUUUUGUGUUUAAUUUUCAUUAUUUGCAUUGCCAUUGUGACAUUCCCAUCAUAGUUAAACACCUACAGUUAUUGUAAUGCAUCCAGAUGUUUAGUUCUGGGUUUAUUUGUAGUUGGUUUUCAUUGAUGGUUCUCAGUAAUAGUUAUGCAAAUCAUCCUGACAAUAUUUUUUAUUUAAAAAAAUCGGCAUGCAAUUAGGGCUGUGCUGCAAAUAUUACCAUUAUAUAUAAAUAACUUAUGAUUGUAUCAUUCAUAUCUAUAUUUAUUCAUAUAAUUAAUAAUAAUAAUGGAGAGGGAGGUGAGGGAAUGUGCUAUAUUGUCAUUAAACAAUAAAAAAAUAGGCUUUAUUUGCAUGCACAAUAAAAUUGAUAUAUUUUGCAUUUCAUUUUGGGGUAAAAUAUUACUCAGAUAUCGACUUUGUGUGAUUCAUCCGGUUGGCUAUGAUACAGCAUAGUCCUUUGGGGAUUCAGUCAGAUAAUAUUUCUCCAUCUCUCAAACCUGACAGCUUACCAUAGUCUGCUGUCUUGUAUGAUCUUCAGGUUGCAUUGAAACUUUUAAGCCAUGCUUUCAACAUUUGCAGGUAGAUAUUUCAGAGGGAUGCAAUACUUAUAGACUGUAAGCAUACUGAAUGCAGGAGUAUUUUACCAGUGGACUGGACAAUUUACUUCUCAGUUAAUUUGCAGGACAAAUGCUGCUUCACUAAAGAAUAAAAAUACCCUUAUUCAGUCCCGUGAAGCAAUGAAUAAGUGAAUGUCAUUUAUGUAGAUGCCAUGUGAUUAUAUAAUAAGCUCAGGACACUGGAAAACAAUCCUUGUGUAUUGUUUUGUCUCUCUGAGUCAGUCACAGACGCUGAUCGGUAGAUGCGGUGUGGUUGUUCAGCGCUCUUAAUUCUAACUAGCCCUCGUCCUGACCUUGACCUGCACUGCUGAGACUAAACAGAGCAGAUCCCCCUGCUGGCUUCACACAGUAAUGACCUACAAUAACAUUUACCUGAUGAAUGCAAUCCAGGGCCAUGCAACAGCUCACAAUCAGAAUCAUGAUGUGAAGACAUUCAGGUAAUAUUACAGGAAAAUGUGUGUAGUUCUAUUUAAAAAUGGCUUGAUGUAUCCGAUAUGCUAUAUCUGGUACAUGCAUAGGUCAAAAUUAUGAAGAGAUGGCAUAUAUACGACAUCCUGUCAGGUAACUUACUGUUUCAUUAACUAGAAAUGAAAGGCUGCGUUUGGAAUGAAGUGGAAUAUUAGCAUACUGCAUACUACAUACUUUGUAAACCUCAUUACAUUACAGAAGUCCGUCUUAAGAUUUAUCAGUCUGUCAAAAUAAUAAAUCAAGGAGUUGACAAAGACCACAGCUGAUAUUUCAUGUACUAAAUCCUGCAUUGAGGAAUUCAGCAUCCUGUUCUUUGUGGUUUUUAAUAUUGCACAUUUUGGCAAAACAUCUGAAUUUUUCAUGCACAACACUGCUCUGGGGUAUACUACAGUAGUAUGCAUAGUAUGGUAGUAUGCUAUUUUGCACACAGCCCAAUGUUCCCUGCACACGUGACUGUAUGCUCCAGCAGCCUGCAAUCUCCGUCCAUGGUUACCCGUUCAUUUGUGACAGUGAUACUCUUACGGAAGGAGAUUUAGGUUUUAAACGUGUCUUGUUUUUGGUUAGAUUGCUGUAAAUAUUUUAGAGUCAGGAUCACCACGCUGUGUCCUUUCUGUUGAGUAUGUUAUUGAGAUUACUAUGUAAAUGUAAAAGAAAUAAGAUAUUAAUAAUGUUGACGAUAGCAAUCUUACAACCAAAAGCCAACUGUGAUGGGGUGAAAAGAUAUAAAUAGCUUUGAAUUAGUAUUUGUAUCUUUCCUUUAUCUGCUUUACAUCAGUGUACAUCUGUUGUUGGAUGUGUGGAAUAACAUGCAGUCGCUGAGGUUCUAACAAUCACAAACAGACAUGUUUCGAAUGCACAAAAAAAAUCAUCCAUCAUUGAACCGAAUGAUCAGCAAUUUUGUCUCAUUUAUGAACAAAUAUGAAUCGGAGCUCUAAAUCCUUAGUUAUGACUGUUACAUGACAUUUUUAUUGUGCGUUCAUACAAUAAAUGAAUAUCUUAAAUAUUUUAGCCUUCACUUAAGCAAUUUGUAGUGACAAAUUGGCUGUGAAACCCCUAACACAUUCAAGCAGAGCAUCUAAUACUUCUUCUUGAUCACUUAAGCUUGGGUAGCUGAAAUACAAUUACAAGAAAUACAAAGUUCUGGACUAAAACGUACAGAAUUCAGUCCUUCACUGUAUAACGGAAACAGCUUCAGUAUGACAAAACUAUGUAUCUUGUAUCUUUAAAAAUGACAACUUGUAAAGAAAAAACGAAAAAAAAAAAAAAAAUCUCACUGCCUUGUCAUGGAUUUGGUCUUAUGAAUAAAAUACUAUAUGCUUGAUGUCACCAAA